GACAAUUGGACAUGCUCCACGUCGUCGCUUGACAGUUCCAUCCACCCCCUCUCUCUCUCUCUCUCCAAUAAUUAAACCAGGUUUUUCUUCCAGCUGUGAAAACGGUCUCCCACGAAGUGGAAUUGGAGCAAUUAAAAGGAUUUUUGUUUGCCUAGAAAACUUCAUUUUUUCAAGCAGCAUAGAAUACCCUCUGAGAGUGCCGCCAUCGAGAAUACUAUAUGCCCUGUAAUAGCCGCUGUGGGAAGGGUAAGGUAAGGGAAGAACGAGGCGGAGCAAGGUCGUGGUAGCAUGUUGCUGCUCAAGGAACUGAUGCGUCUGGCCACGCAGCAUCGCACCUUCUACUGCUAUGUGCUGCUCAGCAUUUGGAUCUUCCUCCUCAUAGCGGGCAUGUAUCGCUAUAUGGGCAAUGUGGAGACGAGUUCUGGUGCUGGAGCUGGCUUUGGCCCCAGCAGCUCAGGCACAAUCAGUUCCUUGGGUGACACCUCGUCCUCCUCGUAUGCUCAGCGUUUUGCCAAGUAUCGAGUGCGUUGUGCUCCGCUUGGACAGCUGCAGCGUUUGGACGAUGGCGGCAUCUUGGAGGGUUGGAAGCUGCAAGGCGUGCUCCUCGUCAUUCGUCACGGGGAUCGUGGACCCAUGUCGCAUGUCCGCACAACAGGCAUCAAUUGUGGCGUGGGUGGGGGAACGGACAACCUGGUCAACAGAUAUCGCAGUUUCCUUCACAAUUCGAGCAGCUCUGCUUCGGGUUCGAAUCACAUGUACUGGAACAAGGUGGGACCCUUUCAUGGCUUUCCUCUGCUUCCAGCCACAGAGCGUGGCUGUCCAUUGGGGCAACUUACCUACAAGGGCAUCUCUCAAUUGUUGCAUGUGGGUGACAUUAUGCAUCAGGUGUAUGCCCAUCCAUUGAGUCUGCUCCUCAAGCCGACACUCAAUCGCGGGGCUAUGGAAACGACACCGCACACGCUGCUCAAUUCGGAUGAGGUUGUGGUCUACACCACGCGCUAUCGUCGAACCUUUCAGUCUGCCCUGGCCAUGCUGUUCACCCUGUUGCCAGCGGACAAGUGGCUGGGCCUGAACGUGCGAGAAUCCCACAGCAUGGCCUUCUGCUUCGGGGAAUGCACCUGUGCCCAGUCGGCACUGCUCCGGAAACGACUGCAGGCCAUGGGCGACACGCAGCUGCUGAAAAGAUUGGAUGUUAUGGAGGCAAUGCAGUGGAUUGGCGGCACCUUGCUGCAGCAUACGCCGAAUGGAAUCACCAAUCCCUUUGAAGUUGUGGACGCUAUGCUGACGGUUCUGUGCCACGAGGCGCCACUGCCUUGUCGCCACAAGAAACGCAGCCCGACGGCGAGGCCGGCCAGGAAGAACCCCAACCAGGAGCUGGUGGAUGUGAUCAACAUUGAUCAGGAUGAGGCGGCGCCCAAUCUGCAGCAGGAGGUCAACAAUGGCAACAUGGAACCAGAGUCCAACGAGGGAGACAAUGGCAAUCCCUCCUUGCCACAGGAGGAGGAUCAUCAAGAAGGUUGCGUGGAGGCGACCCAUGUGGACACCCUGAUGUCCUUUGCCGAUGAACUGUCCAAGCGUUCCGCCGAUCAUGCGUACUACAAGCUGUCCGGGCUGCUCCGAUCCUACGGAAUGAUUCGGCACAUCGUCAGCUACAUGCUCAAGAUGAUCUCGGGAGAUCGCACCAAGUUCGUCCUAUACUCCGGCCACGACUGCACCAUGCAGUAUCUUACAGCGGCGCUGGGAAUCGCCAUUAGCGAGGGACAGACAAUUGCCUAUGCCUCGCGGCUAGCCUUCGAGGUGUACCGCAGCGAGGCGCACACAGACUACUAUUUCCGGGUCGUCUACAAUGGACGGGAUGUCACACAGCAGAUCGACUUCUGCGAGGGAGGCAAGAGUCUGCGUGUCACCCGAGACUCGAGGGGCAACAAGGCGGACCUGUGUCCCAUCGAGAAUAUUAUUCGCUUCCUGCACGAGGACUACUUUGCACCGCUGAAUGCCACCAAUUUUAAGGAGGCCUGUGGCACCACCAAUCCACCAAAGGCAAACGAGUUCUAGGCCGGCCCCACCCCGCCCAUCGAGGAGUCUCCCACGCACUUUUGAAACUGUGAUACGUAGUUAACAUGCCCCCGAAAUAAGCCCGAUUCCAGCAGCAGCGACCAUUCCAGCUAUCCAUACAUAUAGUACAUAUACGAAACGACCGCAUCUUGCGAUGUUAUUUAUCUCAAGUUAGACGAAUUUUUAGUUAAUGAAAGAUAAUUGUUGAUCCUGGAGUCGAAAUCGAUACAUAUCAAAUCGUGAAUUCGAGCUAAACUUCUUCUUAGCAAAACCGAUGCAUAUCAGUGUGGGAACGUUUUCCUAGACCUAAGUCCAAAACGUAAGCAUAUCAAGCGAAAGUUAUAAAUUAAUUAUACAACAAAAGUGGAGGGAGAAAGCCUUCUAGAUUUUAGUAUGCCUUUAAAUAAAUGUUCCCGAUUUUAAAGAAUAUUAACGAA